UUGUCAGUCUGGCCAAUGAGAUGUUUGGUUACAAUGGCUGGGCUCAUUCAGUCACUCAGCAGAAUGUUGAUUUUGUGGAUCUAAAUAAUGGCAAGUUCUAUGUGGGUGUCUGCGCCUUUGUAAAAGUCCAGCUUAAGGACGGGUCCUAUCAUGAAGAUGUGGGCUAUGGAGUAAGUGAAGGCUUGAAAUCUAAGGCCUUGUCUCUGGAAAAAGCAAGGAAGGAGGCAGUUACAGAUGGGCUGAAAAGAGCACUGAAGUGUUUUGGUAAUGCGCUUGGGAACUGCAUCCUGGACAAAGACUACUUGCGAUCGGUGAAUAAGCUUCCUCGUCAGAUGCCCCCAGAUUUGGACUUGAGCAAAGCCAAAAGACAGGACUUUGAGCCUGCUGUGGAGAAGGCAAGAUACAGUAGCUGUUUACAAAAGGAGCAUGAAGAUCAGCAGCAAUUUGCCACAGCUACUUCUGGCAAAUCUAACCAAUCAGAACCUUCACUGAGCACUUCUGAACAAGAUCAGGAAAACAGUAGAGUGUCACUGCCCUUGGAGGGUGAUGCCACAUACCAGCGGAAGUUACGGCAGAAGCAACUGCAGCAGCAGUUUAGACAGCAGAUGCAGAAGAAAGAGCAGAUUAAAUCAAAUGCUCCAGCUGGUCAAGCUAGCAACCAAGUUCAUAAUGUCUCUCCUACAAAGCGCAGCACUCCAGCCCAGCUAGAACCUACUUUGGAAGAGGAGUUCCUUGCAGAUGACCCUGGGCUAUGGGACUUGCCCUUGGAGGCCACUGACCCCAGUGUUACCAAACACAAUGCAGCCCCUACUAUGCCAGCCCAGCAUCCAGGGCAGUAUCAGAUGAUGACUCGCAGCAGAACACCUCAAAGAAUAAGCCAUCAAAGAAUAUAUGCAGACCAUGGACCUUGCUGGGCAUCCAUUAGUCCCAAACCUUACUCAUCAGCAGAGUGCAGUCCAUACAGGAGGAGCCAAGGCAUGAAGAAGAGAAGACUGGAGCCCUCUUAGCACAGGAUGAAACAUACUUGGCUUUGCUCUAUUUGCCAGUUUGGUUUGCCUGCAAUUUCAGAAUGCGGAAUAUUCCUUUACUAAAUGGACAUCCAAACAGCACAUAUAGAAAGAAAACAGUGUACGUAGAGUUUGUAAGAUGAGACUGAAGGUUUAAAAUCACGUUAUUCCUAAACUGUCUUCAGAUCACAACCCUACUAUCUUGUUCUGGCUUGACACAAACUCAAAUGUGAAUACAAUACUGGGGUGUUUUUUUUGCCAUUUUUCUUUAACUGAAGGCCACCUUUGUAACUAGUAUGAGCCUUGUGCUACAAGAUGCUUAGUUGGCUCUGUGAUUAAGGAACAGGGUAAGCUAGUUUUAAAUUAGUUAUUUGCUCUGUAAAAAUGCAUAGAGAAAUAUCAUAUCAAAUAGUUGAAAGGCACUUACCACAUUUUAAAGCUGUACUUCUGAAACCAACUUUCUGUGGAAUAAAAUUGUUUUAAGUGUUUGCCCCUUUAGGUCAAGCCACUACAAUUAUACAAUG